UCGGGGUACGGAGUGCCCAGGGAGCUGGCGGUGACCCAUGUCGGGGUGCAGGGCAGCAGCAUGCGGUGGUGCCCCGAGCUGGUGGUGUCCCUUUGGGGUGCCCUCUGGUUGGUGCCACCUUUGGUCUGUGCCCGUCCUGUGCGCUUGGAGAAGGUCCGAGGGGACACCAAGAACCUGACCCGCACCCUCAGCACUCGCAUCCAGCAGCUCCAGCUCCUCGCCCUGCCGCUGAGGGUUCCCGAGCUGGAGCAGCUGCCCGGGGAGGUGGCUCCAGAGGGUCUGGUGGCCAUGGCUCAGCGGCUCCAGGUCUUCCAGUUCCUCCUGACCCAACUGGCCACCUCCGGUCACCAACCUCUGUCCCAGCUCGCCAACGACCUGGAGAACCUGGCCAGCCUCUUGGUCACCAUGGCAACCCAACUAGGCUGUCCCCAAGUCGCUUUGGAGUCACCUCCCAGCAUGGAUCCAGCCAGCGAGGUUCUGGUGCAAGCUCCUCACACGGUCACCACCAUAGCCCUGGGCAGGUUGAGAGGGUGUCUGGAUGGCAUUGCCACUCGGCUGGGAGGUCACCUCCUCUGCUAGGGGGCAGCUUGGGGACACCAACCUGGGCUGGGCAACUUUGGUGGCUACCAAC